CCGGAGGCCGGACAGACUGACGCUUGGCCUCAACGAGGGAGGCGCGCGGCGGGGAUGGCGCUGGCGCGGGCCUGGAAGCAAAUGUCCUGGUUCUACUACCAGUAUCUGCUGGUCACGGCGCUCUACAUGCUGGAGCCCUGGGAGCGGACUGUGUUCAAUUCCAUGCUGGUCUCCAUCGUGGGGAUGGCCCUGUACACGGGCUAUGUCUUCAUGCCUCAGCAUGUCAUGGCGAUACUGCACUACUUUGAGAUCGUGCAAUGACCAGCAUGGGACCGGACUCGAGCGGCUCCUUGGGGGAAGAAGCACCCUCUGAAGUUGGAAUGAAACCUCAUCAGAUGUCAUAAGAAACUCUACUGGAUGUCAACAUAACCAACCCUAUGAAUAUAAAGACUAAAAUUCAUGAGUAGAACAGGAAAAUAAUCCUGACUCAUGUGUUGUGUUCUUUAUUUUUAAUUUUAAAAGAGGCUCUUGUAUAGUAGUUUUUGUCUAUUUUAACAUUGUAGUCAUUUGUACUUUGAUAUCAGUAUUUUCUUAACCUUUGUGACUGUUUCAAUAUUACCCUGUGAAAGCUUUUCUUAAUGUAACUUUGAGUACAUUUUAAUUGCCUUCUAUUUCUAAAACCCAAAGUCAUUAGUUGGGCUUUGCUGUUCUUGCUAUUGUACGGCACAUCCAUCUGCCUGGGUAUAUUUCUACUCUUGACCAAAGUUUUGUAAGAAACAAUACAAGAUUUGGGGCAGGGGGAUGGGGAGGGAGGAUAUUUUAUUGAGAACUAUUUACAAGAGACUUAUCUGUAAGUUUGAACUCAGGAGUAUAGUUUUAGCUAUCUAGACUCUACUCUUAACAGCUUUUGCUUUAAAGCUAUUAAAGUAUUUCUUAACAAUGAAAAAGAAAGAUCUUGCUAAAGUUAAAAUAAGGAACAUUUCACCUUUUAAAUAUUUAAUUCUUAUG